AUGUCUAAAUCGACUCUCGCCAUGAUUGCCGCUCUCGGUGCUGGAGGCGGCGCCGCCCUCACCGCCGCCGUCUACUCUCUUCGAGAACCCUCGUCCCCGGAAGCCAAGAAGCCAGAGCCCCAAAUCGCCGCCUCGGCUGCUGCCCCGCCCCCUCCCAGCGGCACCUCGUCGGCGAUACCCCCCCAGCAGGUCUUUUCGUCGUCGUCGGCGCCCGCGCCCGGCACCGUGAAUCCCGCCGGCCUGUUCGAGUACGGGUUCCCCGGCCCCGUGGCCGACGUCGCCACGCGCUCGGCCCUGAUAUCCAGCUACGACCGCCGGACGCGCAACCCCCACUGGGUCGUGGAGCACAUCACGCCCGAGUCGCUCGCGCGCCACGGCGGCGACCGCAAGCACAGCGUCUUCGUCGAGGACGACGCCGUGCCGGCCAAGUUCCGCGGCGCGCUCAGGGACUACUUCCGCAGCGGCUACGACCGCGGCCACCAGGUGCCCGCCGCCGACGCAAAGUGGUCCCAGCAGGCCAUGAACGAGACCUUCUACCUCACCAACAUGUGCCCCCAGGUCGGCGAGGGCUUCAACCGCGACUACUGGUCGCACUUUGAGGACUUUUGCCGCCGCCUCACCCGCCGCUACCCCUCGGUGCGCAUCGCCACCGGCCCGCUGUACCUGCCGCGCAAGGACCCCCGCGACGACAAGUGGUACGUCCGCUACGAGGUGAUUGGCAGCCCGCCCUCCAUCGCCGUGCCCACGCACUUCUAUAAGGUCAUCUUCGCCGAGGACGGCCGCGCCGGCGGCAACGUCGCCAUCGGCGCCUUUGUCCUGCCCAACGCCCCCAUCCCCAACGACAAGCCCAUCACCGACUUUGAGGUCCCCGUCGAGGCCGUCGAGCGCGCCAGCGGUCUCGAGUUCGCCGCCAAGCUGCCCCUCUCGAGGAGGAGGCGGCUCUGCGCCGACACCACGUGCGCCCUGGUCAUUCGCGACUUUGCCGACAAGCAAAAGGCCUUUGGUGGCAAGGGCCAGGGCCAGGGCCAGGGCCAGCAGCGCGCCAUCUCCUCGCCCCCGGCGUCGUAG